GUCGGAUCGCCAUCGCCAAGUGUUUUAAUAAAAGUUUAAUUAACAAAAGAUAAAGAUAGUUUCUAAUAUUUUACUCGAAUUCAUAUCAAUUUUAUUAAUAUAACUUUUUUAAAUUCCAUUAAUAUCCACAAAAUAAAAUACUCUCCUAAGCAAAUGAAUUAAGUGCAAAGCAUUUUUGUAUGAACUAUUUUUUACGAAACAUCGGCAAGUCUUUCCGGUCGCUCAUAUCUCUUUAAGAGUUCAUAAGUCACCAACUACUAGUUCUUGGUUCCAUUAAAAUGAUAGGGACAAUGUUAUUUCCAAAAAUAGUUUUCGUGUUUUUAACAUUACUUCUGAUAGUACAGACAAAUGGAGAUAGUAAAAAACAAAGCCGGAAGUAUUCCAAAGAAGCAAAUGCUCCAUAUUUUACAACGGAAAGCUAUGAUCCAGAUUUUAGGAAUCUUCAGCGACCUUUUCGAAUGUCCAAAUUGAAUUUGGUUUGGACCAAGGCUCAACAAAGGUUAACUGAACCAAAACUAAAAUCUUUAUACAUGGAAUUAAAAAUCCAGGAUAAAGAAGAAAUCGGAUGGAAGCAGCUCAAUUCACAGCACAAAGACAAAGAAGGUCUGAAAGCCGCAGAGCUGAGACAAAAACUUAUCGGCAUAAUGAGUAGCUAUGAUUUGUUGGAACAUUUUGAAGAAACACAAGAUGCCACUAAGACUAAACCCUACAAGAAAUUCCACUAUUCAGAAGAUUACAUAAACAAGAGUUUGUUCAAAGACAAGAAACUUAACAAGCUGUGGGAGAAAGCUGAACUGUCCGGAUUCUCACCAGAAGAGCUAAAAACUCUCAAAGAAGAAUUCUUGCAUCAUCAAGAUAAAGUCGAUAUGUACUACAGUCUGCUGGAGAAUGUUGGAUCUAUGCCUACAAAGGCUGAUAUACACGAAAAUGCAAUCGAUGAAGAAAUGGACAUUUUAAACACCAUCCCCGGCGACAAUGACAAUGAAAUCAGAACGCCAGCAAUGGAGACAAACGUUUUCCACAACAAUAUUAAUCAAUUGCGUGACAGUCAUCGUGGUAUUAAAGAUCAUUAUGAUCGCUUGGAACGUAUGGUAUCAAGUGGACCACAUAGUCAAGACUUUAUCGAACCGAAAGUGCAAGGACUUUGGCGUGUUGCCAUGUCUAGUAAUUUUUCCGAGAAAGAAUUGGAUUCCAUCAAAAGUGAGUUGCAUCAUUUUGAGAGCAGGCUUCUUAAAUUGAGGCACUUACAUGCUGAACAUGCCUUACAAAAGCACAAAUAUAAGAAUGAAAAACAGCAAGAUAAAUAUGAUCGUUUUGAUGAAAUGGAGGAUCACAUUAAAAAGCAAACCAGAAAAGUCGAAAAAAUCCAAGAAAACAUCGAGGGUCAGAUAUUUCGACACACAGAACUUUAAAGAAGCUCAAGUCUCAAAAAAUAAUGUUGUGAACAAAAAUAACUAUGUAUAAUCGAAUAUUAAAUAUUUCUGUAAGCCAUUGUGUAUGUAGUAGAUUAGGGAAAAAUAAAAAUAACACAAUUUGUGUAUGUUUACUAAUAUAA